UGUCGGCAACUUGAAGCGUAUCUCAACAAGAUCAUCACCUUCCCUGGUACCGGUUCCACGUCUUCUCAUCUCUUUCGCGUGCAUGAAACUGUGUUCGCGCAAUGCGCUGACGCGCGCCACACGGGUGCAGGCGCCUUCGACGUGGAGGAAGUGCGAACUUUCCUGAUGACCACCAUAUCUUCCAAGGGCGAAGAUGAAAAGGCUCUCAUCAAGAGAGGUUGGAGCAAGGACAAGGAAAAGAUUGAGGAGAUCUCGCGCCAGCGAAGCAACACCGUGUCCACGUACCUGGAAACGGUGCGGCUCAGCACCUACACCCCCGGUGCCAGCGUCUACGGCUACGAACCACCGCGCAGCGCAGGCGAGGAGCCGAGCGGCGAGCGGACGCUGCCGGACCGGUCGAGCGUUGACGACUCCACCGCCACGGAGGACUCCUCCGAUCCGCUCACACAGUCGAGCGGACUGGUCCGGACCACCGCCAAUCAGCCCCUGGGCGCCAUCGGCCGGUUAUCGCGAGGCGAAGGGGACAUGUCCACCAAGGAUACCGCGCUGUGGGAGCGCAUGCAGCGGUCGAGCGGGCAAGUGGCACUGGCCGAGCACAACAACAACGACAACGACAACAACGAC